AGAGGGCAGUACUCUGAAGAUCAGGUAGGAGAGGGCAGCACUCUGAAGAUCACGUAGGAGAGGGCAGCACUCUGAAGAUCACAUAGGAGAGGGCAGCACUCUGAAGAUCACGUAGGAGAGGGCAACACUGAAGAUCACGUAGGAGAGGGCAACACUCUGAAGAUCAGGUAGGAGAGGGCAGCACUCUGAAGAUCACGUAGGAGAGGGCAGCACUCUGAAGAUCAGGUAGGAGAGGGCAGCACUCUGAAGAUCACGUAGGAGAGGGCAGCACUCUGAAGAUCAGGUAGGAGAGGGCAGCACUCUGAAGAUCACAUAGGAGAGGGCAGCACUCUGAAGAUCACGUAGGAGUGGGCAGUACUCUGAAUAUCACGUAGGAGAGGGCAGCACUCUGAAGCUCACGUAGGAGUGGGCAGUACUCUGAAGAUCACGUAGGAGUGGGCAGUACUCUGAAGAUCACGUAGGAGAGGGCAGCACUCUGAAGAUCACAUAGGAGAGGGCAGCACUCUGAAGAUCACGUAGGAGAGGGCAGCACUCUGAAGAUCACGUAGGAGUGGGCAGCACUCUGAAGAUCACAUAGGAGAGGGCAGCACUCUGAAGAUCACGUAGGAGUGGGCAGCACUCUGAAGAUCACAUAGGAGAGGGCAGCACUCUGAAGAUCACGUAGGAGUGGGCAACACUCUGAAGAUCACGUAGGAGAGGGCAACACUGAAGAUCACGUAGGAGAGGGCAGCACUCUGAAGAUCACGUAGGAGAGGGCAGCACUCUGAAGAUCACGUAGGAGAGGGCAGUACUCUGAAGAUCACGUAGGAGAGGGCAGCACUCUGAAGAUCACGUAGGAGAGGGCAGCACUCUGAAGAUCACGUAGGAGAGGGCAGCACUGAAGAUCACGUAGGAGAGGGCAACACUGAAGAUCACGUAGGAGAGGGCAACACUCUGAAGAUCACGUAGGAGAGGGCAACACUGAAGAUCACGUAGGAGAGGGCAACACUGAAGAUCACAUAGGAGAGGGCAACACUCUGAAGAUCACGUAGGAGAGGGCAGUACUCUGAAGAUCACGUAGGAGUGGGCAGCACUCUGAAGAUCACAUAGGAGAGGGCAGCACUCUGAAGAUCACGUAGGAGAGGGCAGCACUCUGAAGAUCACAUAGGAGAGGGCAGCACUCUGAAGAUCAGGUAGGAGAGGGCAGCACUCUGAAGAUCACGUAGGAGAGGGCAGCACUCUGAAGAUCAGGUAGGAGAGGGCAGCACUCUGAAGAUCACAUAGGAGAGGGCAGUACUCUGAAUAUCACGUAGGAGAGGGCAGCACUCUGAAUAUCACGUAGGAGAGGGCAGCACUCUGAAGAUCAGGUAGGAGAGGGCAGCACUCUGAAGAUCAGGUAGGAGAGGUCAGCACUCUGAAUAUCACGUAGGAGAGGGCAGCACUCUGAAUAUCACGUAGGAGAGGGCAGCACUCUGAAGAUCAGGUAGGAGAGGGCAGCACUCUGAAGAUCACGUAGGAGAGGGCAGUACUCUGAAGAUCAGGUAGGAGAGGGCAGCACUCUGAAGAUCACGUAGGAGAGGGCAGUACUCUGAAGAUCACGUAGGAGAGGGCAGCACUCUGAAGAUCACAUAGGAGAGGGCAGCACUCUGAAGAUCACGUAGGAGAGGGCAACACUGAAGAUCACGUAGGAGAGGGCAACACUCUGAAGAUCAGGUAGGAGAGGGCAACACUGAAGAUCACGUAGGAGAGGGCAACACUCUGAAGAUCACGUAGGAGAGGGCAACACUGAAGAUCUCGUAGGAGAGGGCAACACUCUGAAGAUCACGUAGGAGAGGGCAACACUGAAGAUCACGUAGGAGAGGGCAACACUCUGAAGAUCACGUAGGAGAGGGCAACACUGAAGAUCACGUAGGAGAGGGCAACACUCUGAAGAUCACGUAGGAGAGGGCAACACUGAAGAUCACAUAGGAGAGGGCAACACUCUGAAGAUCACGUAGGAGAGGGCAGUACUCUGAAGAUCACGUAGGAGAGGGCAACACUGAAGAUCACGUAGGAGAGGGCAACACUGAAGAUCACGUAGGAGAGGGCAACACUCUGAAGAUCACGUAGGAGAGGGCAACACUGAAGAUCACGUAGGAGAGGGCAACACUGAAGAUCACGUAGGAGAGGGCAACACUCUGAAGAUCACGUAGGAGAGGGCAGUACUCUGAAGAUCACGUAGGAGAGGGCAACACUCUGAAUAUCACGUAGGAGAGGGCAGCACUCUGAAGAUCACGUAGGAGAGGGCAGCACUCUGAAGAUCACAUAGGAGAGGGCAGCACUCUGAAGAUCACGUAGGAGAGGGCAGCACUCUGAAGAUCACAUAGGAGAGGGCAGCACUCUGAAGAUCACGUAGGAGAGGGCAACACUCUGAAUAUCACGUAGGAGAGGGCACGGCAGGCUCUGUACCAAGUCUCAAAUCACAUCCUAUUCCCCAUAUAGUGCACAGGUCAAAGGUAUUAUACUAAUAUGUGGAGGAUAGAAUGCCAUUUGAGAUCCAGUUUUGCUCCUCCUGCUCCUGUUUGUUGUGCGACUGUUACAUCAUCCCACUAUUACAUCAUGAUCCUGUGGGAGGAGCUGGGUCAAAUCUGGGUCUAAUCAUGAUGUCUGUGAUCUUCAGCACGGAAAGUCGGAGUUCUAGAAAUAUGCCAGAGUUUUAGAGUUGGAUGACCAUUCAAAACUAUUUUUCCCAUUUCCCAGUUGUCUUGAAGGCACUGAAGUUGGAAGUCAGAGUUCCUAUUUCCCAGUUGUCUUGAAGGCACUGAAGUCGGAAGUCAGAGUUCCUAUUUCCCAGUUGUCUUGAAGGCACUGAAGUCGGAAGUCAGAGUUCCUAUUUCCCAGUUGUCUUGAAGGCACUGAAGUUGGAAGUCAGAGUUCCUAUUUCCCAGUUGUUUUGAACACGACAAUAACCUGGACACGUGUUCUCUCCUUGUGUCAUCACAGUGAAAGAGUUCUGUCAUUGUGACAUCAGCACAACAACCCUCUAUCUCUCACGUUGACAUCAGCAGAGCCCAACCUGCCUUCUGUUGUGACGUCGUCAUUACACACCUCAGCAGAACAGAGCACAGAUAUCGUCUGCGCUACACUUUGAAAAAUCUACCUUGGCCCAUCUCACAAUGUCCAACUUUCCAUGGGUCGGAGGGGGAGGGGCAGGAACCCUCCUCCUGUAGCCCCUAUUGGUCAGGACCCUCUGAAAGUCAUGAGUAAUGGCAGAGUUGGCCACUAGGUCUGUGAAUAUGCCAAUCGUCCCAGUAUAGGACAGACUGAGACAUAGAGAUGGCCAUGGAAUCUUCUUGCUGUCUCCACUGCAUUCUUCCUCGUUCUUUGACAUGCAAGGGUUUGGAAGCAGAAAGCAGAGACCUCUCUUCCAGUCUUCUGUAUUCUGUUUCUUUUCACUCUCUCUGCUUUGCACCAGUUGUUCUGUUACUCUCUGCUUUGCACCAGUUGUUCUGUUACUCUCUGCUUUGCACCAGUUGUUCUGUUACUCUGAUUUGCACCAGUUGUUCUGUUACUCUGCUUUGCACCAGUUGUUCUGUUACUCUGCUUUGCACCAGUUGUUCUGUUACUCUCUGCUUUGCACCAGUUGUUCUGUUACUCUCUGCUUUGCACCAGUUGUUCUGUUACUUUGCUUUGCACCAGUUGUUCUGUUACUCUCUGCUUUACACCAGUUGUUCUGUUACUCUGCUUUGCACCAGUUGUUCUGUUACUCUCUGCUUUGCACCAGUUGUUCUGUUACUCUGCUUUACACCAGUUGUUCUGUUACUCUGCUUUGCACCAGUUGUUCUGUUACUCUCUGCUUUGCACCAGUUGUUCUGUUACUCUCUGCUUUACACCAGUUGUUCUAUUACUCUGAUUUGCACCAGUUGUUCUGUUACUCUCUGAUUUGCACCAGUUGUUCUGUUACUCUGCUUUGCACCAGGUGUUCUGUUACUCUCUGCUUUGCACCAGUUGUUCUGUUACUCUGCUUUGCACCAGUUGUUCUGUUACUCUCUGCUUUACACCAGUUGUUCUGUUACUCUGCUUUGCACCAGUUGUUCUGUUACUCUCUGCUUUGCACCAGUUGUUCUGUUACUCUCUGCUUUGCACCCGUUGUUCUGUUACUCUGCUUUGCACCAGUUGUUCUGUUACUCUCUGCUUUGCACCAGUUGUUCUGUUACUCUGCUUUGCACCAGUUGUUCUGUUACUCUGCUUUGCACCAGUUGUUCUGUUACUCUCUGCUUUGCACCAGUUGUUAUGUUACUCUCGGCUUUGCACCAGUUCUUCUGUUACUCUGCUUUGCACCAGUUCUUCUGUUACUCUGCUUUGCACCAGUUCUUCUGUUACUCUCUGCUUUGCACCAGUUGUUCUGUUACUCUCUGCUUUGCACCAGUUGUUCUGUUACUUUCUGCUUUGCACCAGUUUUUCUGUUACUCUGCUUUGCACCAGUUGUUCUGUUACUCUCUGCUUUGCACCAGUUGUUCUGUUACUCUCUGCUUUACACCAGUUGUUCUGUUACUCUCAGCUUUGCACCAGUUGUUCUGUUACUUUGCUUUACACCAGUUGUUCUGUUACUCUCUGCUUUACACCAGUUGUUCUGUUACUCUCUGCUUUGCACCAGUUGUUCUGUUACUCUCUGCUUUGCACCAGUUGUUCUGUUACUCUGCUUGUGUACCCUGGAAGCUGAUUGA